AUGUGUACGUCGGUGUGUGACUUCUCCAACCUAUGCUAUAGACUGCUGUCGAAGAAAAAGGAUAUCGCCCGGUUAAGACUCUUAACAGAAGCACUGUUGGUUCUUGAUCUAUCCCCUAAAUCACAAAGAUGCUCUCUCUAUACCGAUAAGUUUCGGGAUAUCAGACUCGUACUUUUGGACGUAUUAGUUGAAUGGAUUUGCUACUUUUCAUGUAUUUUCCGCACACCUGACAAACAGAAAUUUCAGUCUCCUAAUGUCGAACAUGUAAUCAAUAACACUAUAAAAGAAAGCUUUGGAUUUCUUGAAGUCCUUAUGGAUUCAUUAUUCAAGUCAGAGUCUGCGGAAGCGCCUAAAUCCAUGAAUAAUUUCGUGAAACACUUGAGAUUUAUUAUGAGUUCUACUUCUAAGCGCGUUUAUAGUUGGGUCGACUACUGUAAUAAGCUGAGAUUUUACUGUGAUAGUAUGCUGAAAUGUUUUCCUUUAUUUGAUAUGACUUUGCUGACGUCAGAAGAGGAAUCAAGAAACAUUGAAGACUUCCAUGAACUUCAUCCAUCGUUGAUAAGAAAUGAAAAGUUGAUGUUUUCAGAGCUGAAGAAAUUGAUCAUGCAUGAAAUGAGUAGACCAGAUGGUGAUGAAAAUGCCACAGUCCCACCAUAUUUGAUAGAUUCUGAUUCAUUUAACGCUGUGUACAAAUCAGCCUGCGACAAAGCUAACAUUACGCAAAUUAUUCAAAAUAUUGAAACAGAUUAUCAGAAUAAGGAAGUCAAUAAAGAGAUUGUACAAUACCAGAGUGAAGAUGUUGAGAAGAUAUCUGUAAAUCUUACAAAUAUUCAAAAGCAUCUACUCAAACUGUCAUCAUUAUUUACCACUUGGUAUACUUUGAAAGCGUUGAGUAAUGAUGAAUUGUCAGACUGUGAAAAUAUUGUAUCUACAAGCACACAAGAGAAUACUGUACAACAACAACCACAAAGUGCUUCUGAUAUUUUCGAACUGACAUCUUCAACUAGUGGCGAUGAGAUGGCAGUCAGACCUAAGGAAACUCGUAGUAGAAAAUGCAAAAGACUAGUUGAAAAGAAGUGCUUUAACGAGUUUUGUGGAACACCCAAGACACCGGGACCAUCUACACCAGCACCUGAAGAGAAAAAUAGAAAGUAUAUAAUACACAUAGAAAAUGAAGGCACAACAUCACUACGACUACCUUGGAAGGUAGAAGAAUCGAUAGCUCUAUGGCAUGGAGUAAUGCACAAUCCGGGUGCAAAAAAUUGGUCACAAAUAUGGCGUCAAUCAUUUCGACAUAGUAAACGAAGUCAAGUGAAUUUAAAAGAUCGUUGGCGUGUUAUCAGUACUAAUGAAACAAUUAAGAAUACAAUACGUCGAGCAUAUUCUCAGUGGAAAGCACAAUUUACCAAUAAUAAUGGUAGUCCAAAGAAGCCGAUCCAUUUACCUGUACCAAUCAUUGUACGUGAUAAUUAACCCCCUCCCCCCCAAAGAUAUUCUUCCCCUUACCAUUCCA